AUGGCGGGUGGUUCUGAUGCUAGUUCUUCAACUUCAGCCUUCGUCUCAGCUUUGAUCUUUAAUGGGGUCAUCUUCCUCAUAUUGAUCUUGCUCUUCGUCUUCCUAAGACCUAAAAACAAGCGUGUUUAUCAACCAAAAACUUUGAAUCUAGAAAAUGUCAAGCCUGAAGAAAGACCUCCUGAAGUCCCAAGUGGUCCUUUUGCUUGGGUCUCCUUCUUGUUAUCAAGACCUCAAGCUUACUUGUUACACUAUGCUGGGUUAGAUGGGUAUUUGUUUUUACGUUAUUUAUCAAUCUUUGCUGGGUUAGCAUUCAUUGGGUGUAUUAUCCUUUUCCCAAUCUUGUUGCCUGUUAAUGCUACUAAUGGUAAUGGGUUAUCAGGUUUUGAAUUGUUGGCUUUCUCAAAUGUUAAAAAUGAAAACCGUUUCUUUGCUCAUGUGUUUUUAUCAUGGAUAUACUUUGGUUUAAUCAUUUUUGUCAUUUACAAAGAAUUGGUUUAUUAUGUCUCAUUAAGACAUUCAAUCCAAACUACUCCAUUAUAUGAUGGGUUAUUAUCUUCAAGAACUUUGAUCUUGACUGAUAUCCCUGAAGAUUACCUAAGUGAAAAUGAAAUUAGAAGAGUUUUCCCAAUUUAUUCUCGUUUAUGGUUUGCAAGAGAUUACACUGAAUUGUCUAAAUUGGUUCAAGAACGUACUAAAUUGAGUAACAAGUAUGAAGGUACUUUAAACAGUGUCAUUUCUAAAGGUGUUAAAACUCGUCAAAAAUUGAUUAAAAAGGGUGAACCAUUACCUGAAGAACCUCAAGGUUUUAUUAAAAAAGAACCAACUCAUAAAUUGGGUAAAAUCCCAUUUGUUGGUGAAAAAGUUAACACCAUUGAUUAUUCAAUUGAUCGUAUUGGUGAAUUAAAUACUGAAAUUGGUGAUGUUCAAAAAAAUGCUAAUGUUGCUACUCAAUUACAUUCUGUUUUCAUUGAAUUCCCAAAUCAAUUGGAGGCUCAAAGAGCCUUCCAAGCUGUUCCUUAUACUGAUUUAACAAAAGGUUCUCGUAUUAUUGGUGUCCCUCCUGAUGAUAUCAUUUGGGAAAAUUUGAAAAUGUCUAAAACUUCAAAAUUAAUUAAAAGAAUUUUAGCAAAUACAUUUUUAACUUUAUUGAUCAUUUUCUGGGCUAUUCCUGUUGCUGUUGUUGGUUGUAUUUCAAAUAUUAACUUUUUAAUUGAAAAAGUUCAUUUCUUGAGCUUUAUCAACAAUUGUCCAAAAGUUUUAUUAGGUUUAAUUACUGGUAUCUUGCCAACUGUUGCUCUUGCCAUCUUGAUGUCUUUGGUUCCUGUUAUUAUCAAAGCUGUUGGUAAAAAAUCUGGUUUUGUUACAAAACAACAGGUUGAAUUGUAUUGUCAAGCUUGGUUUUUCGGAUUUGAGGUUGUUCAAGUGUUUUUAGUUGUUACUUUAGCCUCUUCAGCUUCUUCAACUGUUACUGCAAUCAUUGAUGAUCCAGGUUCUGCAAUGACACUAUUGGCUAAUAAUUUACCAAAAGCUUCAAAUUUUUAUCUUUCAUUCUAUUUAUUACAAGGUUUAACUGCUCCAGCUUUAGCCUUGUUACAAAUUGGUCCUUUAAUUGUUUCUAAAGUUUUGAAAUUUUUACAAAAUACUCCAAGAAAGAAGUGGGAAAAAUACAAUGUUGUUCCAGGUUUAAGUUAUGGUGUUUUAUACCCUGCUUAUCAAUUAUUGGUUGUUAUUAUGCUUUGUUAUUCAAUUAUUGCUCCAAUCCUAUUGUUGUUUGCAACUUUUACUUUAUCAUUGAUGUACAUUGCCUAUAUUUACAAUUUGGUUUAUGUUAAAGGACAAGAGAGUGAUAUGAGAGGUAGAAAUUAUCCAAAGGCUUUAUUACAAACUUUUGUUGGUCUUUAUUUAAGUGAAAUUUGUUUAUUGGGUUUAUUCAUUAUGUCUAAAUCUUGGGGUCCUGUUGCUUUAGAAGGUAUUAUGAUUUUCGUUACUGUUGCUUGUCAUGUCUUGUUGAAACGUAAAUUCCAACCUUUGUUUGAUAUUGUUCCAGUUUCUGGUAUUUAUGAAGCUAGAGGUGAUUCUGGUGCGUUAUAUCCAAAAGAUCAAGGUUCAAAAGAAAUUAAACAAGUUGGUCAAAAUUAUAUCUCUGAUAAUGAAGCUAGUGGUGUUUCAAAUAUUCCAAAUGUUGCAGGUGAUUCAAGUGGUAAAGUUGGAAAUUUCAAUAAUGAUUUAGCUGGUGAUAAUCAAACUUAUGAAUCUUCAUCUGAAAAUAAAAACAUUUAUAAUAAUAAAAACAUUACAAAUGAUUCAAAUUCUUCAAGAAAUGAAACUGUUGCUAAUGAUAACACUAGAACUGAUACAACUAAAGAAAAUGUUGAACAACAAGCUAAACAAAAACCAUUGGUUGUCUUGAAGAGAUUUUUCGAUCCAAGAUCUGGUUAUUCAUUCUCUUUAUUACGUUCACAAUUACCAAAUAUUUUCAACCUAAGUCCAAAUUAUUCAACUGAAUAUUUGGAUAAUUCUUAUGUUGAUCCUGCAGUUACUGAUCAAGAACCUCAUAUUUGGAUUCCAAAAGAUCCAGCUGGUAUUUCUCAAUAUCAAAUUGCUAAAACUGGUGGUAAAGUUGAUGUUUCUGAUGAACAUACUGAAUAUAAUGAAAAAGGUUCUUAUGAAGUUACAGGUCCUCCACCAUCUUAUGAAGAGAGUGUUAAAGUUUAG